UGGCGUUGAACAAAAACUAUAGAUAUAAUACUCUUUAAUUAGAAACUUCUUGGAACUUGGAAGUGGGUAAUUAUUUAGACUUGAUUUCUACUCAUUGCCACCAUCUUCUCUCUAAAACUCACCCAAUUUUCCAAAGUGCAGCCAUGGAUCCCAAGCUAGUCGAAAUCUACAGCACCAUAGGUUUCGCAUGCAACCCCGAUGGUUCCCUCAUACGUCAACGGGAAAUCACCGCCGACCCAACCACCGGCGUUGAUCCUUCCUUAGUUCUAACCAAAGAUAUCUCCAUAAACCAAUCCAAGAACACUUGGGCUCGAGUUAUCCUACCCCGCCAGGCGCUUGAUUCUCCGCGCCAAUCCAAACUGCCCCUCAUACUCUUCUUCCACGGCGGAGGAUUCGUCGUGGCCGGCGUGGACGAGCCGAGCUUCCAAGAUUUCUACCGCGCUAUGGCCACUGAAAUAUCCGCGGCGGUGGUCUCCGUCUCGUACCGCCGCGCGCCGGAGCACCGGCUGCCGGCGGCGUACGACGACUGCCUGGAAGCCCUGCACUGGGUCAAAAACACCGACGAUGAGUGGCUGAGAAAUUCCGUUGACUUCUCCCGAUGCUUUAUCAUGGGCGAAAGCGCCGGCGGGAACUUAGCCUACCGCGUGGGCCUACGCGCGUCGACGAGCUCUUCGGAGCUGAAGCCUUUGGAGAUCAAAGGGCUGAUAUUACACGAACCAUUUUUUGGGGGGAAGGAGAGGGCAGGAUCGGAAUUAAGAUCCGAGAAUGACAAGGUGCUUCCAUUAAUGGUGACCGAUGUGGUGUGGGAGAUGGCACUUCCACUGGGCGUUGACCGGGAUCACGUUUACUGUAAUCCAACGGUUGAGAUGAAAGCAAAUCCCGGCAUGUUUGACGAGGUGAAGCGUCUGGGGUGGAAGAUUUGGGUGUCGGGUAGUGAGGGAGACCCGACCAUUGACCGGCAAGUGGAGGUAUUGAAUUCGUUGCAAAAUAUGGGCGUGAAAGCGGUGGGUCGGUUCAUUCAGGGUGGGCGACAUGGCAUUGAGCUUUCUGAUCCACCCAAAGCUAAGGAACUGUGCAUUGCAAUAAAAGACUUUGUAGAAUCCUAAAAAUCUUCCCAAAUCCCAAAUAUUGCUGCUGAAAUUAAACUUUAGAAGUUUACU